AUGAGUGUCAUCGGAAGUCGACUGGCUGGCCAAGUGGCCGUGAUCACGGGUGCCGCUGGCGGCAUCGGCCGUAAAUCGGCCAUUCUGUUCGCCAAGCAGGGCGCUAAGGGAGUUGUGUGCGCCGACCUGAACGCGGACGCCGCGGCGGAGACCGUCAAGAUCGUGCAAGAAGAGCUCAAGAAGCUUGGCAAGAGAGAAGGCCUCGGAGCCUUCCCGUGCGUUGGUGGUCUGCACCGGAGCGACACGGUGGCUCUGGCUAUCAAGGCCGACGUGUCCAAGGCCAGCGAUGUGGAAAACAUGGUGAACGUGGCCGAAAAGGAGUUCGGUGCGCUCAACGUCCUCUUCAACAACGCCGGCAUUAUGCACAGCGCGGACGACGACGCCAUCGCCACCCAGGAGGACGUUUGGGAUCUUACCAUGAAUAUCAAUGUAAAGGGCGUCUUUCUCGGCUGCAAGUAUGGCAUCCCGGCCAUGCGUCGUGCCGGUGGCGGCUCCGUCAUCAACACGGCCUCGUUCGUGGGCAUCCUAGGCGCAGCCACGCCCCAGCUCGCCUACACAUCCAGCAAGGGCGCUGUCAUUGCCAUGUCUCGAGAGCUGGCCACGAUCCACGCUCGCGAGAACAUCCGCGUGAAUGCCCUAUGUCCCGGUCCGCUCAACACCGAGCUGUUGCAGAAGUUCCUGGACUCGGAGGAGAAGAAGCAACGCCGUUUGGUGCAUGUGCCUAUGGGUCGUUUCGGAGAGGCUGCAGAGAUGGCCAAGGCUGCACUCUUCCUUGCUAGCGAUGAUGCGUCGUACAUUACUGGCACCUCCUUCGUUGUUGACGGCGGUAUUACAUCUGCCUACGUGACGAGCGAGGGUCGUGUCGACCCUUUCGGAGGCCCUAGCGAGGUGUAG